AUGUUUGGAUUGGGAAAACUAUUUUAUGUCAUAGUCUUGAUCAUAAACGGAAUUGCUGUUCUCAGCGAAGAUAGAUUUUUGAAUAGAAUUGGUUGGGGGUCAACAACAGCAUCUGCAAAUGGCAAUGCAAAUUUACAGAAUCAGUUCAAUCAGUUCAACACCGGGUUGGAAAGUAGCGACGGUUCUAUAAAGACAAAAUUGAUUAAUCUAAUAAGUGCAGUACGAACUUUGUUGAGGAUACCGUUAAUUGCCGUGAAUAUCUUGAUCAUUUUGUAUGAGAUAGUGUUGGGUUGA